GUGGAGUCCCCAUCCCUGGAGGGAUUUAACAGACAUGUGGAUGUGGCACUUGGGACAUGGGUUAGUGGUGGUCUUGGCAGUGCUGGGGGAGCCGUUGGACUCAAUGGCCUCAGAGGGCUUUUCCGAUUUUAAUGUUUCUGUGAUCCUGCUCUCCUGGGUGUUUGUGUCCAUGGUCUCUCUGCUGGGCUCUUCUCCCGGCCCCUGCGGCACUGCUCGGCCAAGCCAGAGGAUUAAGGCCUGAGCCACAGCUCUGCACCCCUGGACUGAGUGGUGGGAUGUGCCCUGUUACUCUGGGAACCCCCCACCCCUGCUGUCCCUGGGCUGUGGUAGGUGGGGUUCACCUGGCCCCAACGAGCCCCCGGCUGUGCCGGUGUGGAGACCAAAGGCUGGUGGGAUUUCUGUGGUCGGGGGUGAGGCCACUGUAGGUCCUUGAUAGCUGCCAGGUUUUGGGCAGGGCGGUGCUGGCAGUGGGCUCCUGCCUGCAGGAUUGGCCCCUCCAGAUGUGCUGCCACACGCUGCCUGAUUUCAGCCACACUUGGUCCCUUCGUGGCCAUGGGGGCUUUAGCUGGAAAAAAAGCAAAGGAAUUGGGGAAGAGGAGCCUCGCCAUUGCCUCAGCAGAGCCGAGGUUGUGCCGGGUUACACUGGGGUGCACAGGAAGCCCUCCUGGCAGGUGGAGGGUGAGAUGCACCUCAUCCCUUGGGGUGAACAGUGCUGGUGUGGGGGAGCCGGGGCUGAUUCUCCUCUUGCCUUUCCCUCAGGAAGAAGAGACGAAGCGGCUGCUGGAGCCGGCAGCCAGCCCUCCCAGCAAGGUGCUGAAUGGAGCGGAGCAGAGCUACCACAACCUGCCCUCGGCACGCACCGACGAGCAGGCCAUGUUGUCCUCCAUCCUCGCCAAAACGGCCAUCAACAUCAUCGACGUGUCGGCAGCGGAUUCCCAGGGCAUGGAGCAGCAUGAGUACAUGGACAGAGCUAGGCAGUACAGCACACGCCUGGCCAUGCUCAGCAACAACCUGACGCACUGGAAGAAGCUCCCGCUGCUGCCGUCUCUGACUAACCAACCGCACCAAGUGCUCGCCAGCGACCCCGUCCCCUUCGCAGACCUGCAGCAGGUGUCCCGGAUAGCCGCCUACGCCUUCAGCGCGCUCUCACAGAUCCGCGUCGACGCCAAAGAAGAACUGGUUGUACAGUUUGGCAUCCCCUGAGCCUGCCUCCAGCACUGCCGCUUCACCGCUUUGGGUUGUUUUGGGGUUUCUUUCCCAUUUUUUUCUCUUUGUUUCCCUUCCCUCCCCAUGGUGCUGCCACAGAACUUGGACAGAUACCCUGUUUCCUACCAAAUGCCAAGACGCCCAUCACCGGCACGUCGAGCCCACCUGCAUUGCUCGAGGCUUUCUCCUCCUCGUGGGUGGGUGUGUGUGGGGAGGGGGCCGUGUCACCUGGACGCUGCCUUGCACAGGGAUGAGCACAAAGGGAACAACUGGCACAAGGAGGCCCCGGUGUAGGUCAGCACCGUGUGCCACAUCACCAGGACAGGUGGGCUGGAGCCAGGUGGAUGUGAUGCUCUGCGUGGGGCCUGGUGGCUCUGACAACCCUCCCUGCUCAUUUUUACAUGUUUAGAUCUUUAUUUUGGGUUGUUUUGUUGUUUGGUUGUUUGUUUUGUUGUUUUUCUUUUUGUUUUUCUUUUUUUUUUUUUUAAUUAUUGUUUUUGGCCACAGUAGAUAAAACCAUGUUCAUCCAGU